AUGACCGUUGGCAAGUUUCAGCGUGCGCUUUGGAGCGACAUAUUCACUGGGCGAUUGAAAGAAGAAAUCCCACCGAUUUUGCGUUCAUUGUGCGAUGCGAUGAUUCGAAGUGGCACUGCGCUUGUUGAACUCGAUCUUUCGGACAAUGCUUUCGGCCCAAUUGGCGCAGAAGGCAUUGAAAAAUUUUUGGAAAGUCCAUCGGCAUACUCUCUGGAAGUACUGAAACUGAACAACAACGGAUUAGGCGCUGGUGGAAAGGUAAUUAGGACUGGUUUAUUCCUAUGCAUAGAAAUUGUCAGUCUCUUUGUUCGUUCUCCCAGUAGCGUGCGAAAUUCUUUGCGGUUAAUGAGUUACUCACGGAAGUGA